AUGGAAUAUUCCUCAAACACAAAAGAUAGCAAAAGCAAAGCACACGAGAAUAUCGAGCAAGUCACAGAUGAAGCGGUAUCCGAGAGAGCCGAUCCGGAGACAAACCAGCCUCAAGAUGAUACGAGUGGCGAUGCAUUGGAAAAAAGACUUGUCAGGAAGUUGGAUUUGUAUAUCCUUCCCAUCCCCUGGUUGAUGUACUUCUUAAGCUCCCUCGAUCGCACCGCGAUAGUGAACGGCAAGCUCGAUGGAUUGGCGGAGCAGUUACAUAUGGAAGGAUACCAAUAUAACAACUGUGUAUCGAUGUUCUACGUUGGUUAUUUCCUCGUCCAAGUCCCGUCGAACAUGAUCAUAACUCGAGUUCCUCCGUCGUACUUCAUGGCAGGCUUUAUGACAGCAUGGUCCGUCACGACGUUAUGCACGUUCCUAGUGCGCGACUAUAUGUCGAUGUUGAUCGCACGCUUAAUCCUCGGCCUUGUUGAAGCACCCUUCUUCCCUGGGAUGAUUUAUAUGUUGAGCAUGUUCUACACGAAAAGAGAGAUCGCCGCGCGGAUGUCCAUCUUCUUCACUGCAAGCAUAGCAGCCGGUGCUUUUUCUGGAUUGAUAUCUGCCCCUAUUUUCGCUCGCAUGGGAGGCGUCUGUGGCCUUGCCGGAUGGCAAUGGCUAUUUAUAAUCCAGGGAUCUCUAUCCACAGCAGUUGCCAUAGUUGGGUUCUUUUUCUUGCCGGACAACCCACUAAAGAACAGGUGGUUAACUCCAGAAGAACGACAACUUGCCUAUGACCGUAUUAUUAACGACAUCACGGACAAGCAUGAAGGUACGACAAGUGUUAUGAAGGGCUGCAAAGAAGCUAUGCUUGAUUACAAAACCUGGCUAUUCUGUUUGACAUUGAACCUUCAAAUUUCUAGUGAUGGGUUCCGGAGCUUCCUACCAACUGUCGUCAAGAAUCUCGGUUUGGACACGACGACAGCCCUCGUUCUUACUUGCCCUCCCUAUAUCCUUGGGGCUUUGGUAUCCAUCGCUCUCUGUUGGUCCAGCGGUCACUUCGACGAACGAACAUGGCAUAUCACGGUUGUAAAAGCAGUUGGAAUCGUUGGAUACGUCAUCAGCAUAGCAACACUUAAUACUGCCGCCCGAUACGUGGGAAUUAGUGAGUAG